AAUUCCUCUGAUUAGAUAUCGUAUUCCGCAAGGUCAUCAUUUUGAGUUUACUUAUAUUUGGCCUUACAUAAAACUUAAUGUUUGGUUAGUUGCUUUCACCACCUCGUUGAGUAAAGUAAUUGGAUAAAAUGGAUUCAAUAAAAGAUAAAAUUAUUUUGUUAACCGGGAGUAGUGCUGGCAUUGGUGCUGCGUUAGCGAAACGUUUAGUAAAAGAUGGAGCGAAGGUUGUGGGCUUGGCUAGACGUAAAGAUCGUUUAGAAGCUAUACAAAAAGAACUCGAAGGUGAAGCUGGAAAAUUUUAUCCUUGUCAAGCCGAUUUAAUGAAAGAAGAAGAUAUUUUACAAGCUUACAAAUGGACUCUUGAUAACGUUGGUCCAGUUGAAAUCGUUAUCAAUAAUGCCGGGGUUAUUCGUAACGGACGUUUAGCUGAAGGAUCGAUUGAACAUUUUAGAGAAGUGAUGGAAACUAAUUUUAUGGCGGUUGUUAUUUCUUGUAAGGAAGCAAUUCAAAUUAUGAAAGCUCAUAAUAUAGAUGGUUAUAUAAUCAAUAUUAGUAGUACAGCGGCACAUUAUCCUACAAUGUCGGAUUUAUUAAAUGUUUAUCCAAGUUCUAAACAUGCGUUAAAAAUUUAUACUGAAAAUCUUCGAUUGGAAUUAGCUAAACAGAAAAGUAAAAUUCGUAUUUCGAGUAUGAGUCCUGGUGGUGUUGCCACUGAAAUUGCUAUUGCUGGUGGGUUAGUUACUGAAGAACUAUUAAAGAAUCUUCCGAAAGAUAUUAGAGUACUAAGUCCUGAUGAUGUUGUUAGAUGCGUUAUGUUUAUGUUAUCUCUUCCUCCUCUUGCCCAUAUAACCGAAUUAAUUUUGAGACCUUUAGGAGAAGGGGCAUAAACUUUUCUUGGUUAAUUUAAUUGUAAUAAAAAUAAAAGCACACAAGAAACAAUUUCAUUUAAAUUCCUACAACUUAAAGUGUA